AUGGUGUACAAGAGUUCAAAGAAACCCUAUGCCCGUCAGGGUAAGAGUCAAUACCGCCCUCGUCGCGGCGGUGCUUCUUCAAAGUACAAUCGUGGUACUCUCGAUAAGUAUAUCGAGGCUAAAGUUCAGCGUGCUGUCAAGAAGGCGAGUCGUGGACCGCCGCGCAGUGUUCCUGUACAGUUAACACCUGCACAGUUUGAUCGGAAUCAUUCUAUCCCGCAGGUCAAAAUUCUUGAUAAGUGGACCACUUAUUUCCUUGGGCCGUCUUCGGCGUUCAAGUAUGGGAUUCUUCCCAUUACCGAAGUUAUUCCUACGCAGCGACCGUCUGUGGGGGAAGCCGAUGACCGUUUUCGGUCACAUAACAAAGUUCUUGUGAAAGGAGUGUUUCUCCGCAUGGUUGUUAAUCAUACUAUGGGCGUUCGGCUUCUUGUAUUUGCGUUCCGUAACGGAAUGCGGCGCGACAUUUCGCCAUCAAUUAGUACUCGACCCUUUGUUGACGGAUCGACUAUAUGUGAUCCUCCUGUUAAAGGACGGCCUCCGUCGGAGGUUGUGUUUGAUGUGAUGGGUAAGGAGCAGCUCAUGGGAAUGGAAGGCAGUGGGAAGCACGGGUUCAGGAAUCUGGGGGUCCACGAUGGACCCUUUGCUGUCACUGGUCAGCUGAAUGGACGUUAUGACUGGAAAGCCACGGAUUUGACGGCUUUUACAAGUCGUUUUAGCAAGGACGAAGGUCGUCCUGUUGGUACGAUCCAUGUGAAGAUCGAUGGUGGAGCUAGCAAGUCGCAUGGCCAAACAUACAAAGCUUUGUUUGGUAGCGGUACUUUGAAGAGAACGAACGAGUGUGAUGGAGCUGACCCGUCAGUGACUGCUUGGAUGGGAACUCGUACUCGGCAUGUGGAGUUGUUUAUUAAGUUGAAUAAACAUGAGAAGGUUACAGUGUCGAAUGGGUCCUUGUCGAUUAACGAGCGACCGUUGGAGUUGUUUGUCGGCUUUGAUUCGCCCAGUUCUAUGCAUGCGGCGACAAGCAGUGCGAAGGAUGUUGCGUCGGGAGCAAUUAUGUCGAUGGAUAUGGAAGUUUACUAUGAGUGA